UUACAAUUGUCACUUCCCAGCAUUUUCUGAUAAUUCUUGGAAAAGAAAAACAUGGCAGAGGAAGAGACCGUUGCGAGGCCUGGUACAGGCUUCACUUCAGAUGUGGAAAACAAGGCCCCAGAAGAAGGAAAUUCCAUUCCUGUCUUUUCAGAUGUGAAAACGGAUAAUAAUCAAUCGCAAGAAGGAGUUCUGAGCAGUCCAGAAUAUGGAAAGAGGCGAAGAGUACAACACGAUUACCGACGUUUGUCCAGUUCGGGCUACAUGGAGGACAUGUACAGUGACUAUAGGCAACGGUAUUCGAGCACAAGCGACCCAGAACUUUCCCCGUCACCCAGCAGGCAGAAACACAAGCCCUCAAGCCGUGGGGAUGAGCCUGCUGAAGGGAAACCUAUCAUCACUCCAGGAACAUCUACCACAUCACCUGCCAGGAUUGUGAAAAAGGAUGGGUUAUGUGAGCUCAAGCUCCAUAUAAAAAAAUCUGACAUCAUAACUCACAAACCCAAAAAACACCACAAGCAUCACCGCCAUCACAGAGGGCACCAUCACCAUCGUCACCACCAUCAUCAAGCUCAUGAACAUCAGAAAGGUGAUGCUGACAAAGAGCAUUCCGGAGUAUCAAAUAUCCCUGUCUCACCCCAAGUUUCAUCAUCUCCUUCGCCCUCACCCAUGAAGCAGACUCCUCAUUCACAGCCAGAGUCUCCUUUAUUCUUCAAUAAGGACAGAAGCCCUGAAUACAAGCUCUCAAAUCAGUUCUUCAUAGACAAAGAGUACAGUGUGGAUGUCUCUAAUAAAGACUCUGGUCAGGAAAAGAAGUCAAAAUUUUCAAAGUACAUUCACAUUGAGCACCAACCAAAUGGUGAUGCUUCUGUAGUUCAUGUUUAUGCUCAGGAAAUUGCACACUUGAAAGAUGAUGAUAUGAAGCAGUUGGUUGAGGAAUAUUUUGAGCUUGUCUUUGGGGAAAAAACAGAAGGUGUUACUGAACAUGUGAUGGGAAUAGUGCAUGAUGCUGCCUCGUAUAUGCCAGAUUUCAUUGGUUAUUUUGCUGCCAAGCAUCCACAGACAAUUGUCAAACGUGAGCUUAUGGGAAAGUCUGAUAUUGUAUCCACCACAAUGCCUGAGUACUAUGCUGAGGUACAGAAGACAUACUGUAAUGGCACCUGCAGGUCAGGGCCACUCCUGCAAAUGAGUCUAGUGGGUACAGUCAACGAGGAGGUCGGAGAUUACUUUGAACACUUUCUGUGUAUGCUGGAGGAGAAUCCAUUCUUAAAGCAUUCCAUGCCAUGGGGUCCCAUGUCUGCAGUUAAGAUGGAGUCCAGGAAAGAGAGUAAUGAUGGACCAAUCUUAUGGGUUCGUCCUGGUGAGCAACUUGUACCUCCAGCUGAUUUACCAAAAUCACCAAUGAAGAAACGAAGAACUGGCCUGAAUGAGCUGAAGAAUCUUCAAUACCUACCUCGUGUAUCCGAACCUCGGGAAGUACUGGUAGAGGAUAGAACCAGAUGUCAUGCUGACCAUGUUGGCCAAGGAUUUGAUAGGGUCACUACAGCUGCUGUAGGAGUCCUCAAAGCAGUACAUGUCAAUGAUUAUGGGGGACCUAAUAGAGAAGUGAAAGAUGUGAUUGCAUUCCAUUCAGCUAGUUUUAUUGAUGUCACAGAAGCCAUGCAGCUAGAUUUACACGAACCUCCAGUUUCACAGUGUGUUCAAUGGGUGGAGGAUGCGAAGUUGAACCAGUUGAGAAGACAAGGAAUACGCUAUGCUAGAAUCAGGCUGCGGGAUAAUGAUAUCUAUUUCAUCCCAAGGAACGUUGUCCAUCAAUUCAAGACCAUCUCCGCCUGUACCAGUAUUGCUUGGCAUGUCAGACUCAAGAUCUACCAUCCAGAAGAAGAAGAUGAAAGUAGUGACCAAGAGGCUCUCAAACAGGAAGAGAGUCAAGCUGAGAGUACUGAGAUAUCAGAAGGAAAGACCAAGGACAUGACAGUAAAUUCAGAAGCUGUGGAGAAGAGAGAAGCAAUGGUAAAAAUGGAAGCAGUAGCCAAGACAGAAGAAAUGAAGAAGAUAGAAGAGGGAGUGAAAAUGGAAGCCCCAAUAAAGCCUGAAGCAGUGCCAGAGUCUGUAGAUGUAUUCAUGAAUAAUAUUGAAGAUAUGGAUACAAGUGAAGCUAUUUUGAAGGAGGUUGAUGUAAGAAAGGAAGGAAUAUCUAAGGAGUUUGAGAUUGACCAAAAGGAUGCUGAGAUAGUGAUGGAUUCCAACACUGUAUAUCCAGUUUCAAACGAAGUGGAGGCUCCUAUGGAAGCAAUAAAUGAGCAAACAGCUCCUGAACCAGAGCUUUCCAAGAUCAAAUUUGAAAGUGAGCCAGUGCAAGACAAUACCACGCCUACGUUUUAAACCUGAGAUUAGGUGAUUUGUAUUUUCAAGGAGCACAGUGCAUCUGAUUAAUAGAGAAAAUCUUCCACUUUUCUAGGUAUCCUUUAGCUUUUUGUGGUGUUCUAUUUUCUAUGCUUUUUAUUUAUAACUCUUGAUGAGUGCUAUUCAUUGCUUCGAUGAUUGAAUGGAUGGAUGGUUGGAUUGGUGGAUGGAUGGAUGAAUAGAUGAUGAAUAUAAGUAAUCUUCUCAGGUAUUAUCUACCAAUUACAUGCACAUGAUGUGUCUUUGUACUGUGUAUCGGUGUAUUUAUUUUUAUUUACCUUUUCAAUCCAGGGGAGUUGGUAAAUUCUACUGAGCUGAAAUUUUAGUGCUUUUCUUCUUUGAUCUCAUCAGAUACAUUGUACACACAUGAAAUUUAAAUAAAAUACAAUCAGUGAUUUUAUGAUUUGUGUCAUUUUGAUCUUGGUGUACAUGUAGGUAAAUACAAAAUAAAAAUAUGUAAAUGUAUAAUUUUCUUCAAAUUAUGGACUUUCACAUUUUUAUUUGAUAAGUCCACCAUGGAUAUACAGUGUACAGUAACGCUCAAGAUUCUCUUGCAUAAUAGUUAUUCAAGUUGCUCCCAAGUUGUGAACCUGGAUUAGGUACAGUGCUACAUUUUAAAAUAUGAAUAAAUUUAGAAUUUCACCAUUCUAAGAAAAUAUAUUCAGAAUUUCUGAUGUAUGCUCCCACUAUUGUUACAUAUGAUUAAAAACAGUCAAUUCUUGCCUCCUUUUAUAUCAGUUAGUUUUCUAUGUGUAAACCCAUGGCAAAUAGGUAUAGAGAUUUUUCUUUCUGCUUUUAGACAGGCCCCUCAUGAUA